AAUCUUCUUAGACGCAACGCCUACUCCUUCAUCCGACUCAACGCUCUCUCAGCCGCUCAAACAUAUAUACCGCACCCCUGUCCGAUUCCUCAUCAUCAAUUUCUGAAAUUCUCACCAUCUUCCCCAUCUCUUUUGUGGUUUUUGUUUUAGAAGCAAGUUGAUUUCACAGUGUUCAGAAAAUGUUCAGACUGAGUAACAACCUUGUUGGCAUCCUCAACUUCAUCACCUUCCUGCUCUCAGUCCCUAUCUUGGGAGCGGGAAUAUGGCUGAGCCACCGAGCCAGCACCGACUGCGAGAAGUUUUUGGAGAAGCCCGUGAUAGCGCUUGGUGUGUUUCUCAUGGUGGUGUCACUGGCGGGGCUGAUCGGGGCCUGUUGCAGAGUGUCGUGGCUUCUCUGGGUCUACCUACUGGUGAUGUUUCUCUUGAUCGUGCUUCUCUUCUGCUUCACCAUCUUCGCCUUUGUGGUCACUAACAAGGGUGCCGGAGAGGUUUUGUCUGGGAAGGGGUAUAAGGAGUAUAGGCUCGGGGAUUACUCCAAUUGGCUGCAAAAGAGGGUUAACAACACCAAGAACUGGAACAGGAUCAAGAGCUGUUUGCAGGAUGGCAAGGUGUGUCAGAGCUUGAGCCAGGACAAGGUUGGCGAAACUGUUCAGCAGUUUUAUGCGGAGCAGUUGUCUCCCAUUCAGUCUGGUUGCUGUAAGCCAUCAAAUGAUUGUGGUUUCACCUAUGUCACUCCGACUAAUUGGACCUCGACGAACGCGGCUACAUACACCAACUCUGACUGUUCUUUGUGGAAUAAUGACCCUAGCAUUCUGUGCUACAAUUGCCAGGCGUGCAAAGCCGGAGUGCUGGACAAUCUGAAGCGUGAUUGGAAGAAGGUUGCCAUUAUCAACAUUAUAUUCCUUGUUUUCCUCAUUAUUGUAUACUCCAUUGGAUGCUGUGCAUUCAGGAACAACAGAGAGGACAAUGCUCAACCCAGAUGGAAGCCAUACCCUUGAGAUCAUUUCCAAUAGGCUGGAUUGGAUAUUAGUGAGGAGAGUUGUAGAGGGCUCCUACCUCUUAUUGUAUGAAUUCAGUAUUACAACCGUUGCAUUAGCAUUUGGUUCUUUUCUCUUGUAUAGCUUUCUGUGUAUGCUUGACAUUUCAUGUGACAUCGGAGCUAUGGUUCUUAUGUAGUUGGGGCUUGUUAUAUUUUGGUUGCAGCAAGUUUGAUGAUUC